AUGACACUUCUUAUUCCAGGACCCAAGUAUCCAGGUAAUGAUAUAGAUGUAUACUUGCAACCAAUGAUUGAAGAGUUAAAAGAAUUAUGGGAUGGAGUGGAAACUUAUGAUGCAUACUCAAAAUCUAAUUUUAAGAUGCGUGCAGCUAUCAUGUGGACGAUUAAUGACUUUCCUGCGUAUGGAAACCUUUCAGGAUGGUCAACGAAAGGCAAGCUUGCAUGCCCUUGUUGCCACAAAGACACAAAAUCAGUUUCUUUGCGUAAUAAGUUGUGUUAUAUGAGCCAUCGUCGCUUUCUCCCAAUAGAUCAUCCAUGGCGCCGAAAUAGGAGGAAAUUUGAUAGGAAGGUAGAAAAUGGGGUUGCACCAAAUCCUUUAACAGGCGAUGAAGCACUUAUACAAUUACAAGGGUUGGGAAAUAUUAGUUAUGGGAAGGGAAAAAAGCAAAAACGUAAUUUUCCAAAAGAUAAUAUUAUAUCAACCGUGAUGAAUAUGGUUGGAAAGACAAAGGACACACUAAAAAGUAGAUAUGAUUUGGUGGACCUUGGUAUUAGGCAAGAGUUGCAUCCAAUAGAGGAUGGGGAUAAUAUAUUAUUACCUGCAGCAUGUUAUGCAUUGUCCUCGGAAGAGAAGUUGAAGUUAUGCAAUUUCUUGGCUAAUUUGAAGGUUCCUGAUGCAUUUUUAUCAAACAUUUCAAGGUGUGUCAACGUACUUGAAAAAAAGAUUUAUGGAUUGAAAAGUCAUGAUCACCAUGUAUUAUUGCAAGACAUUCUCCCAGUUGCAAUACGUGGUUUGUUGCCUAAGGCAGUGUGUGAACCAAUUAUAGAGCUAGGCAAAUUUUUCAAAAAUGUAUGCUCUAAGUCCUUAACAAUUGAAGGUCUUGAUAUCCUGGAGGCUGAAUGUGCAUGCACAUUAUGCAAACUAGAAAUUAUUUUUCCUCCGGCAUUCUUUGAUGUCAUGGUUCAUUUGCCAAUUCACUUGGCAAGAGAGGCAAAGCUUGGUGGACCAGCUCAAUUUCGAUGGAUGUAUCCUUUUGAGAGGUAUUUGCGAACACAAAAUUCAUAUGUCCGCAAUAAUGCUCGUCCUGAAGGUUCAAUUGCAGAAGGUUAUUUGGCAACGGAAAGUCUCACAUUUUGCUCACGAUACAUAAAGAAUAUCUCAACCAAGUUCAAUAAACCAGCUAGAAAUGAUGAUGGUUCCGUGUCAAAUGGUGAGAUGUCUAUCUUUAAGAAAAGUGGGCAAACAAAAGGUGGUUCAGAAGGCAUCAGGUUAUCUCAUGAUGAGUUCAAACAAGCUUGGAAUACAGGGAAGAGAUUGAAAGACAGGAGAGACGGGCAUAACAAUGAGUUUCUUGAUUGGUUUCAUGCACGCAUCUUUAUAUUAUCUACACAAGGACGCGCAAAUGAUGAGCUCAUAAGCUUAGCCGUUGGUCCUGCACCAAUGGACAUUUAUGAGUUGUCAUAUGUGGGAAAUAGGAAGAUCUACCUAUUCAAGUGUCAUUGGUGGGAUGUGGCUCACUUAGGAAGAGGAUAUAAGAUUAACAAAUAUGGCUUUACAAGUGUAAAUACUCAUUGUGCCUUGAACACUAAUGAGACAUUUGUGUUGGCAUCUCAAUCUGAACAAGUCUUCUACUUAGAAGACAUGGUUGAUAAAGAUUGGCUUAUCGUUGUAAAGAAAAAUCCUCGCGACCUUUUCAAUAUUCCUGAAGUUGAUGAUAAUUCUGUAGAAGUUGAAGAUGAAGCAUUACUGAAUGAAGAAGCUUAUCAACAAGAGGAAGUUGACUUGAAUAUUUUGCAAAGCAAUGACCAGGAAAAUGAUGUCGAUGUUGCUUUACAUAGGGACGAUGUUCAACCACAAAGUAUUGAUGCAAGUAUACAAGCUCAGACAAGUAUGCAUGAAGAGGAAAAUGAUUUCAUUGAUAACAAUCAUAUAGAUGUAUCUGAUGAUGAAGAAAGCGAAGAAGAUUUACUUGGUGAUGGAGAAGACACUGAUGAUGAUUUUGAAGAUUGA